GAAAGACCUCCUUAGUAUGCUCUUUGGCUCGCGCCUGCUAAUCAGUUCGUCGCAUAAAAUGUCUGCUCCUCGCCGCCACUGGUUUCGACUCUUGGUCAUAAGUCUCAUAACCAUUACACCGGCGAUCCUCCUCUGCGUUGCCUUGUCUUUCACCUAUGUGACAACCACGUCUGCAGAAUGGGCGAAGCAAGCUGUUUUUUCUGGGGUCAUAUAUCAAGGGGAUAACAUGCGCGGCCCCUUAAAAAACUGUAUACUGCUGACGGAUCCGAGUCGACUUGCCUGCUCGGGCCCCUUGUGCUCUGUCGCGUCGAGGGAUUCCCCCCCAUUCUGUGUGCAGGCACGAUGGGCAAAGAAUUUCUGCAUUGCGGCCUGCGUGCUUGUUAGCCUCGGCGUACUAGGGAUUUUGGUCUUGACUGUUAUCAAAUUAGUCCACUUGAAGCGGGAUUUCAAACACGGUGGUCGUCGAAUUCGAAAAACUCACCCUGCGUUGGCUUUUCUCGCCUUCCUGGUUACAAUCCUCAACGUUUUCAGUAUUUUAUGCCUCCUGGCUGCCCUUCUUGUCGGCGGCAACGCUUUUCUCAAUCUCCAGCCACCAAACGGGAACUUUGCAACCGAUCUGGUGAUACCCGAUUCAACCGUAGCCUGGCUACCUGGAAAAGGGAUGACGUUUGGGUUGGUGGCCUGGAUCCUUGGAGUAUUGGGUAUCUCGGCGGGAACUGUGGUAUUUGAUAUGCCAAAAUCUCAGAAUGAAUGGGGACUGUUGCCUCCAAAAGACCCCCAUGAAAGACAAAUUGACAUUAUCGUUGAGGAAGAUGAGCUAGAACACCAUCGUGACAGCAUCGAUGUUGCAUAAUGCCGCC